AUGUGCACGAAGAGGCAGCGCAUAGAGCGUCUAAUCCAACGUGGACAUUUGCUUGCCAAUGUGCAACGUGGUGACGAUACAGAAACAGGUAUGAAGGCUUGUAUGCCUUUGUCGCGUAACUCCAUUUGCACUCCAGCAGCACCUUUUCAACCGCGGCGGUCGUCCUGGACUCCCGAAGAGGAUGAAAAACUUAAAAAGCUAGUGCAUCAAUUAGGAAGUUGUAACUGGAGCGAGAUUGCGCUGGCGUUUCCAUCACGAAACCGCAAACGGUGUCGAGAAAGGUUUGAAAAUCACCUUAAACCAUCAGUACUAGCAUCAGGUACAUGGAGUAAGGAGGAUGAUUUGAAAGUGUUGCAAUUACUGCGUACGUUGGGACCGAAGUGGGCUGAAAUAGCCAGAAAAAUGAUUUGUCGAAGCGCAGAAAGUGUUAAGAAUCGCUGUCUUCUUUUGGCUAGAAAGGCAGUGUACAACAAGAAAGCACCUUUGCAACGGUGGUCGGCGACCGAAAAGGAAAAACUUCGAUCGUUAGUGGCAACACAUGGAGCACAAAAUUGGCUAUUUAUCGCUUCGCAAUUACCUGGACGCACCGACCUGCAAUGUUUACAGCAAUGGUCUCGUACUCUGAAUGACAAGAUAGUGAGAGGGAAAGGAACGUGGACGCAGAACGAAGAUCGGAUUCUGGUCCAGAAAGUGGCUGAAUUUGGGCGGAAAUGGACCGCGAUUGCUGCUUACUUGCCUGGAAGGUUGGGAAUUCAGUGUCGCGAACGGUAUUUGAAUCACUUGGACCCAUCGAUUAAAACGACACCUUGGACGAAUGCUGAAGACCAAAUUUUGAGUGAAGCCAUUGCCAAGCACUCAACACAGUGGGUUUUGAUUGCAAAAAAACUGCCAGGACGCAAGGAGGAAGAUUAA